AAGACCAAGGUGCUUUUCUUUCGAAGAUAUAUACUGUACUGUACUACACUACUACCAUUAGUUCAGUUCCAGCAUAUUCUAAUAAUUCUUGUCCUUUUACUUUUCUUUUCUUGUCCAGAGAAAGAGAGGAUGUAAACCGGUGGAGAUGACAGUUUAGUUUUCCCUCAAAUGACCUCACUCUCACUGUCCCCUUCUCACCAAUUUUAGUCUUUAAAGCCAUCAGUCUCUUCAAAAUGGGACUCCUUAACAUUUUCUGCUUUUAUGUUUGAGCUCAUCUGGUUUAUUUAUUGAUUAUGGAAGAAGGGUGGCCACUUGGGCUGCAGCCAUUGAAUGUGAGAGGUGGGCAAGUCAGAAACCGUGGAUUUAAUGGAUCACUUUCCUUCAAUACUUUGAUCACUGGUUCUCCUUCCUCUUCCACUGAUUCUUCUUCUGAUCUUGAUACUGAGUCUACUGCUUCUUUCUUCCAUGACAAGAGCAUAACUCUAGGAAGUCUCAUAGGAAUUACCAGCAUUUUAGAGCUUUCAAGAAGAUCAACAAGAAGAAGAACUGUAGUAGUUGAACCCAUAUUAAGGGACAAGAAGAAGAGUACUAACAACAAAUCAAGAACUUGGUUAUUCUCUCUUUGCUCAAAGCUAAGUACUGAUGCAGUGAACAUAAAUACAAACAACUCUACCCCAUCUUUAGGCCAUUUUCUUGAAGCAGAAAGAAGAGCUUCUGCUUCCAAUAAUGCUUAUGGACCUGAUGAUUUCAAUCAUUUAUCAGAUUCAAAUAUGAAUAAUUCAUUGUUCAUUGGUGGCCAAAUUGCUCCUCCUGGCGAGUCAAGAAAAGGGUUAUUUGAGCAAGAUGAAAAUGGUCAUGGAAGUCCUUUGAUUUUCUCAUGCUUAUGUGGGAACUUGGUUCAUUAAUUGACUGAUUCCAAUCAUUUUUUUAAAAUGUUGUGAAAUUUUAUUAUCAUAUUUUUUGUUGUCUCCUUGAAAAGGAACAUUUGGUUUAAUGGGUAGAGGAUUGCUUAUUUGAUUCA